UUAGACGAGAGUGGUUAAUAUUGAUGAAGUGGAUGGAUCUCCAAUAGAUUUAUGAAUAUCUCGCUCGAACUGCUCUGCGCACAAUUGGGUUGAAUAAAAAGGUCCUCUGCCGAUCGAGAUAACUUCAUAAGAGUGUAUAUUUGAUGUUGUUCUCACACAAGGAGAUCUAUUCUGUAAGAGAUGGCUAUUAACACGGAAGCCCCUCACGCGACAGACGCCCUGGGCGAGAGAGCCGCACUGCACUCCACCGAUUUUGGAGAUACUCAGAAACUUCUUGACAUCUCGGGCAAAGAGCUGAAAAGAGAAUUAAACCGCUCACCUUCGGAUACAAUCCUCGUUAAGUAUCUCGAGGCGGAACAGACUGUGGUUAACGACGCUUCGGAGCCUCGCUCUCCGUCGCGGGUCAGUUUCAGCCGCGCGUUGUCGCCCGCUCCCGGAGAACGUGAGCCGCGUAGCUUCAUGUGGGUGGCCGUGCUCUCCUGCUUCUGUCCGGCCGUUCCCAUAAACCUGUUCGCGCUUUAUUUCGCUCAUGUUUCUUGGUCCAUGAUACAAGUAAAAGAUUAUGAUGGAGCCAGAAGACUUGGGCGUCUAGCUUUGUUGCUUAGUAUCGUUUCCAUUGUUGUGGGUCUAGCAAUAAUCCUUUAUCUGUUGAUGACAGAGUUUAAAUAGUUGGAUAUCCUAGAAAAUUGUGAGCAUUGAUGUAAACGGGUAAUGAGAUGAAAGCAAAGAAGACAGAUGAUGAAUGCCAUGUGAAAAAAGGUCUAGAAUAUCAGUUUAUAUUAUGCACCGUGUUAAAUUUGUUUCAUUCAUUCAUCCAUUCUU